AACACUGUUGACAUCCCCACGUGAAAAGUGAAAACUGUUCACUUGAGGUAUCGAGGCAAUAGUAAAGUUAGCCUUUAUGAUAUUGGCAAAAUGGACGACGAAUUAACAGCGGGUUACAGCGUGCCAUGUGAACGAUGCUCCGCGGUGAACUGGGGUGUGUCUGAUACUGGGCAGUUUUACUGCAAGUCCUGCCACAAUAUAAUCGAGAGAGUGCGAGACGUUGAAGAAACCGAGGUGUUAUCCACCAGCAGUCGUGUUACUACCCUCUCGCGAAAGUCAUUCAAAAAGAAUGAAAAAGUGCUUGGGAAAGAAUGGAUGAUCAUUGAGGGUUUUCAGUUUGUCCUCAUGCACCAAGCUGAUGCUUUGCUGGCUUUAGGAGUCUGUCCACAGUUUAAGAAUGAUGUUUUGUGCCAUUUCUGGCGUAGAUAUCUUCAGAAAACCAAGCAAGCAUAUACAGAGAACCCAAUUUCUCUAGGGAGAAUAUCUGCAGAACCAUGUCAGAAUGUGGACUCAGACUCCGCUGUCGAGUCGGAGGCCCUGAGUGACGUCUCUCUGCACAGUGGGCCAAGUGUGAGCCAGGGGAGUGACCUGAGCUUGGGAGCGAGUGCUGGCCACUCUAGUGAUGAUGAGGCCUCGACAUCAUUAUGGUGCGGCUCGGCGGAUGCCACUGGCUACCUCAACCGUCGCAACCAGAGGAGCCACCACCUGAUGAGCAUGCCCAGGACGCUGGCACUGUGCCACCUGGCACUGCUGUGGGUGCGAGAGGCCGUAACGCUGGCCGACCUGCUGAGAUUUGUGUCUGAAAAACAUAUUCCAUACCUUAAUAUCCAUGAGGUAUUUCCUGAAGAGAUUAAGCUGUUUGGCAAAGAUGCUAGCAUCUUCAGAGUGAAGUCCAUCCCGUCCUAUCAGCGAGUGCAGGAGGAGGCGCAGCUCCUGGCCCGAGUGAUGGAGCUCCCUGCCUUCCCCUCCAUCAGUCCCCAGUGCCUGCUGCACCCUGGCCUCCUCAGCCUCCGCUACCUCACAGAGGCCAACCUCCCCGAUGAGUUGCACCACUGGGUGUGUGAGGUGAUGCAUCGAUCGGGCCUAGCUAAGGUGGGGGCUUUAACAUUUGACCACGCAAGCGCAGCUCAGAGGAAAUCGCCCAUCAGCUACGAACUCCUAGCCUGCGCCCUCAUCAUUGUCUCCAUGAAGCUGCUCUUCAGGCUCAACGAUAACAAGGAGUGGAAAUUGUCUGAAAAAGCUGAUCAUCAUAAUUUUGCUGACAUUCCAGGUUCAGGGCUCUUUAGCUUGGCGUGGUGGUACGAGACUGUGCUGAAAGCCUUCGAGAAAGCUAAAAAGAGAGAAGAGCAGCAAACGGCAAGUCAGAUGUGGAAGUCUUCCAAAGCCAUGGUUUUCCGCAAGAAAGACAAAACUGUGAAUCUGAAGAGAAGACGGGUGGUAGAACAUCUGCAGAAGAGCUUCCAGAAGCUUUCAGGACCCUCCCCAGAUACGCUACACUCCAAACCCUCCAGUUUCAUCUUUCGUUGGGGGGAAGGGGAGGACUCUGAUGGCCCGAGCUUCCAUCAGACCAAACUGCACCAUGUCAUGAAGAAGGAGAGGGAAGCCCAUACCACUGCCAAUGAGAAAUACUGGCAUCCAUUUCUAGCAAGCCGUGGUAAAAAGCCAUGCAAGAGCCAUUAUGCUGAGGUGGAGCCCACACUGCCCAGGAUGUACGUAUGGCUGCUGGAGCUGUUCUCCUUCCUGCUGCGGGUGACGCCGGCCUGCAUGCACCAGGAGGUCCUCAGGGUGGAGCAACAGUUUAUGAAGUGCCGGCGGUUUAAGCGAAAAAAGAAAACUACGGUGGAGAAAUAAAUGUGACAAAAGACAAUGGAAAGAAGAAAAAGGUGCCAAUGUGCACUUGUGCAGGGACUGGACACCUUUUUUGUGUCAACUUCUGUCAACUUCAUAGGCUGUUUUUCAAGAUUUUGGGUGAUGUUCAUCUGUUGACAUGGUCAAUCGGGCUUGAAAUGUUUUAGAUAAUUGGCAAGUAGACAAUGUAUGUGAAUACUAAUGUAGCCUACCUCCACCAUAUGUUCACUUUAUUAUAAAUAAACAACAGUAUUCAUAUGA